GCAUCAAGAAGAGGGUAUUAACCAAUCUAAGAAGUGAUGUCUGGUCAAUAAAAACAAGGCAAACCCAAAACCACACUGAACAGAGGAGGAAACGGUCAAAGAGGGGAGAUAAGAGCAACAUGUCUGGGGCCCAUCACACUCUCAUUCAACUGCUGAUCCUAAAGCUUAUCAAUGCAGGAGCGCAUGGAAAUACAUUCUCUCAAUACGUCAAAGCGGGGGUUGAUGCCAGUCUGCUGUGUAACAAUAUGGUUAAUUCAGACUGCUCCUUAACAACAUGGCGUCACUACACGGAGAGUUUUCCAAACACUAUUCAAGAGGUUUCUGAAGGGAAGGUGUGUGUUAACUCAAAGAGAGCAGGCAGACUGAGUGUGGACGCUGGCUGUUCUCUACAUGUUCACAAUGUCACAGCUGAGGAUGCUGGACUCUACACAUGUAUAGAUUCAAAACACCAAAACCAAUCUCACACGACUACUGAUACCUAUCUGUCUGUUCUGACCAUCUUGGUGUCCACAGCAGUGACAGAUCUAAAGCCUGAUAGACCAGUAACAUUAAGAUGCUCUCUGUACACCAAAGAAGGACAUGGAAACUGUAUGUCAUCCCAAAAUCAUAAAGUUCGUCUGAGCUGGGUGGAUGAGACGGGUACGAAGCUGCAGGGCUCCGGAUGCCAGCUCACAGGGCUUUGCUGUGAUAGCACUCUGACUGUGACACUCCAGGAGGACAACAACAGGAAGUGGACGUGUCAGCUGACUAAAGAUGGAAAAUUUAACACCUCCAUUGACUUCACCUCCACAUUCUCAGAUAUUAAAGACACGGAUGAUGAAAAAGAGAGAAAUGACAGUCUUAAACAGUCGGUGCUGAUCUGGGUGGUAGUGGGGGUGGGGGUGGCUGGGUGUGUGGCUGGGUGUGUGGCAGCUCUGGUUGUCACCUUCAGAAGGAGGGCGUAUUCAGUUUCAAGAAAUCAGAUUCCAGUCAACCCAGGAAAUGUGGUGCAAGCAAACAAAAGUGAUGGCCAGAGAGCAGACAUUACCUAUGCUGACGUCAACCUUCCCCCUAGUAGGAGGAUGGUGGAGAGAGACCAACAGACAGAGUAUGCAACCAUCAGAACAGGACCCUGAAUCAUAAACUGUUCCGUAUUAAGGCUAUAAAUAAGUGGUAUUCAAAUCCUACACUGCAGGUCCGGAGUACUGUUGGUUUUCUGUUCUACCUGAUAACUAAUUGCACUCACCUGGUGUCCUAGGUCAAAAUGAAAAAAUUAACAAUGGAAUUAGCUUCAAGGUCCAGAUUUGAAUUUGAGGGGGCUAUGAAGUAAAGAUGUAAGAGCUUGAAGGUUCACUUGAAAUAAACUUUCUGAGUUAAGCUAUA